AUAUGUCCUCCUGACAGUGUGUGUGUGUGUGUGUGUGUGUGUAGGUCUGUCAACAUGAAGCUGAUACUCUCCAUGUUCGUUGCUGCCUUCUUGCUCUCUGAUGUCGAAGGGCGCUCGCUGAUGUUUCCUAUGCAGACCUCCUCCAGCUUUGUGGAGCUGACGCCCGCCAAGCCGCUCAGCCUUGACGCCUUCACGCUCUGCCUGAGGUUCGCCACGGAGCUGCACCUGCCGCGGCAGGUCAUCCUCUUCUCCUACCGCACGCAGCUCGUAGACGAACUCAACCUGUGGCGAGAGGCUGACGGCAGGUUGUCCCUGAUCCUGGGCGAGAAGGCGAUCGUUUCCUUUGUGGUUCCUGAGCUGGGACCCCUGGAGAACCACGUGUGUGUGGCCUGGGAGUUGAAGACAAGCAGGACCACCCUGUACCUCAACGGCCGGAGCACUGUGUCCCAGAGGCUCCAAAUGGGCCACGGGUUGCGGCCGGGGGGCCGGGUGAUCUUGGGCCAGGACGCCGACGCCCUCCUCGGGAACUUCGAUGCCGACGAGAGCUUUGUGGGGGAGAUCUUCGAGGUGAACAUGUGGGACCGCGUCCUGCCUCCAAACGCAAUACAACAGCUGUCCACUGGGAAAUUUUUCUCCUCUGCCAACGUCAUUGACUGGGCAACAGUGAAACUAAAAGGCUAUGGGAACGUUGUGGAGUUCCAGGAGUCCUAGAAACAAACACCUAUCA